CGUUCAAGAGGGAGAAAAGCCUCGCGCAUCUCCGCAGUUCAGCCGCUCGAGCAGCGAAAAAACCUGCGCGUGUUUCACCGCAAAGACGACCCUCUGCUGCACAGCAACCGGAUUACCGCACACCCGCAAACACCCCUCAGAUAAGUAGGAAAAACUCUCCUUUCAAAGGCGCUUCUACAUCUGGCUCUGCUUGUUAACACUUUGCGUUAAUUAACCGGAUAGUUGUUGAUCAUAAGGAGUUUUUUUUUGAGUGUAAAGUGCAUUAUUCUUGGAUGAAAAAAGCGCACACUAUUGGGAACUAUAAUAAGAAAUUAAAGCGCUGUAGGAUGUAGUUCUUUUUGGGUUUUUUUUGGAGGAUCUGGACCUGCAGAAUGAACUCAGAGAGCCUCUGCUUACUUUCUGUGCCGUAAGGACACACCGAGCCAUGGGUUGAAAAAGCGACCAUGAUAGACUGCGGGGAUGUUCACCGUGGGAGGGAGCAGGAUUUUCUGUGUUAUGUAAUGAUUGACAGUGCCUGAUAAUUAGAGGUAGAUCAGAAAAAUCACCCCCCCCCCACCCCCCCUAUCCCCCCUUCCCUUGUAUGUCAACGAGUGCGUUUGGCAUGUAAGGUGUUUUUAAUGAAUACAACUUAAAGUUAAUUAACAGGAGACCAGUCAGAGGAUAAAUUGGUGUUCUGCUUGAUAUUGACAUUUUCUUUUGACUAGAGAGCCAGUUAAGCAUUUUUGAUUAACCUCAUUUAGAUCAUACUUACCUUUGUCACCUCCUCCCCCAUCCGAUCUGUUUUUGUUUAUUUUAAUUAUAUUUUGAGUUAAUCACCACCAUGAAGCCCCUCACUCUUGAUCUGCUCCAUGCUGUUUUGGCAUCGUCCUCUAAAAUGACUUCAGGAAAGCGGUUUCUUUUUGAUUCUCGGUGUUGCAUAAUUCCUAACUGCUUCUAAAAUGCUGUGAUGUUAAUUCUCGCCCUCAGAUUUGGGGAUAUGUAGUCAUUCUUCUCAACCUCUGUGUGACUUCCUGUUUCUUAACACCUGUAGCGAUUUAGUCAAUCUUCACUCGAGCCUUCGUCGGUCCCUCCCUCCCCCCCACUCAUUAGGGCUGGUGGGGGGGGUAGGAUCUCGGGCCUCUCAGGGGGUUUCGAACCUGUGGUGGUCAUAGGCAGGACUCCACAACCAUGGAGACCAGCCCGGAGAGCCCCAACCGGGCCGUGGAGUAUCUCCUGGAGCUCAACAACAUCAUCGAGAGCCAGGCCAAGCUCCUGGAGACGCAGCGGCGCCGCAUCGAGGAGCUGGAGGGCCAACUGGACCGGGUCAGCCAGGAGAACCAGGGCCUGAGGCAGGACCGCACUCCGGAGCAGAACCACAACCACAGCCAGCCCCCGGCACUCCCCGGACAUCAUGGCGGCGGCGGCGGCGGCGGCGGCGGCGGCGGCGGCGGGAACGUUAGCACGGCGACGGCUCAGGUCUCAGCUGCUUCCUCUUCUUCCGCGACCCCCGCGCCCGGCAGGGAGAGGAGGAGCCACACCAGGCUGACCCGAGGCGUCUCAUGCGGAUCCUCCAGCGGGCUCGAACGCACAGACAGCACCGACACCAACACCAGCUCCACCAUGCGCCGAAAUGUGGAAGGGGAUCCUCCAGAGACGGGCCCCCGCAAAGAAACCUCCUUCAUCCAGCAGACCCCUUACCUGCGAGGCUCUGAGCGUUACACUGACAGCAGCCCUGCGGCCCCCGGGUCUAGGGAACCUUCAUGCGUGUCGGCCCCCAGCUCAGCGAGCCUGGCCUGGGCCCUGCGGAGCCGCCACCAGCCCGCCAGCCUGGCCCUCCGCAAGCAGGAGGAAGAGGAGAAUAAGAGGUGCAAGGCGCUGUCCGACAGCUACGAACUCUCCACUGACCUGCAGGAUAAGAAGGUGGAGAUGCUGGAGAGGAAGUACGGAGGCUCCUUCGUCAGUCGCAGAGCAGCGAGGACCAUCCAGACGGCGUUCAGACAGUACCGCAUGAACAAGAACUUCGAGCGCCUGCGCAGCUCGGCGUCCGAGAGCCGCAUGACGCGCCGCAUCAUCCUGUCCAACAUGAGGCUGCAGUACUCCUUCGACGAGCGGCAGCCGCAGCAGCAGGCCCAGACUCAGACCAACUUCACCCACAACGUGGCCAUCGGACCCCCCCACUCCCCAGACCCCGACCGGCCUGGAGACUACACACACCUGGAGGACUCCUUCUCCAAACAGGUGAAGUCUCUCGCCGACUCCAUAGACGACGCCCUCACCUGCCGCGCGGGUCGCGAUGAUUCCCAGGAGGGCAGCAGGGAGGGGGGGGUUCUCAGCGAGGACUUUGGAGAGUGUGUGUGGAGCAGCAGCAGCAACCCAUCCUCCCAGCGGGGGCUAGGGGAGCGCGCCCGGGGGGCGGGUGGGGGCCUCAGCAUGCACGGAGACAGCACGGCCACCUCCUACAGCGACGUCACACUCUACAUGGACGACGGCAUGCCCUCCUCACCGCUGUCCCUGGACCGGGCCCCCAGCAGCACGGAUACAGAGUACUGGGGCCCCGGCGGGGGAGUGGGAGGGCGUGAGGACAGCAGGGACACAGAGGGGGGGGGCAGCAGUAACAGUCGGCGCAGCACACCGUGCACCGAGUGCCGGGAUUACCGUCUGAGAGGAGCUCACCUGCCGCUGCUCACCAUCGAGCCCCCCAGCGACAGCUCCGUGGACAUGAGCGACCGCUCCGACCGCGGCUCCCUCACCCGGCAGCUGGUGUAUGAGCAGGAGCCAGUGGGGGGGGCCGGCUCACCUCAGGGGACCCUCAAACACUCCCCCAACACAGGAACCCGCCCCCCCUCCACGGCGGCCGCCCAGGGUCAGACCCGGCCGCCGGGCAGAGUCAUCCCCACACACAUCCCCCACCAGGUGGCUGCACACCACCACCAUCACCACCACCCCAUCCACCACCACCAGUACCCCGACACCCCCUCCUCCUCCUCCUCCCCCCAGCAACCCCCCACCACCCCCCUGUCCUCCUCCUCCUCCACGGCGCUGCCCCCUGGGGGUCUGGAGCAGCCCUGCUGCUCGGACGGAGACAACGACUCGCUCAACUCCACCACCAACUCCAACGAGACGGUGAACUGCAGCUCGGGCUCCUCGUCUCAGGACAGCCUGCGGGAGCCGCUGCCCCCCCUCGGGAAGCAGACCUACCAAAGGGAGUGCCGCCACAGCUGGGACUCCCCCCCCUUCAACAGCGACGUGGUGCAGAGGCGGCAGUACCGCAUCGGACUCAACCUGUUCAACAAGAAGCCAGAGAAGGGGAUCCAGUACCUGAUAGAGAGAGGGUUCGUCUCGGACACUCCGGUUGGGAUCGCUCGCUUCAUCCUGGAGAGGAAGGGCCUCAGCCGGCAGAUGAUCGGAGAGUUCCUGGGGAACCGACAGAAACAAUUCAACAAGGACGUGUUAGACUGUGUGGUGGAUGAGAUGGACUUCUCAGGGAUGGACCUGGACGACGCUCUCAGGAAGUUCCAGGCUCAGAUUAAAGUUCAGGGAGAGGCUCAGAAGGUGGAGCGGCUCAUCGAGGCGUUCAGUCAGAGGUACUGUGUGUGUAAUCCCACGCUGGUCCGGCAGUUCCAGAACCCGGACACCAUCUUCAUCCUUGCCUUCGCCAUCAUCCUCCUCAACACGGACAUGUACAGCCCCAACGUGAAGGCGGAGCGGAAGAUGAAGCUCGAGGAUUUCAUCAAGAAUCUGAGAGGAGUGGACAACGGUCAGGACAUCCCGCGGGACCUGCUGGUGGGGAUCUACCAGCGGAUCCAGAAGUGGGAGCUGCGCACCAACGAUGACCACGUGUCUCAAGUGCAGGCAGUGGAGAGAGUCAUUGUGGGCAAGAAGCCUGUGCUGUCCCUCCCCCACCGCCGGCUGGUGUGCUGCUGCCAGCUGUACGAGGUGCCGGACCCCAACAGACCCCAGAGGACGGGGGUGCACCAGAGAGAGGUGUUCCUGUUCAACGACCUGCUGGUGGUGACCAAAAUCUUCCAGAAGAAGAAAACCUCAGUGACUUACAGUUUCAGACAAUCGUUCCCUCUGGUGGAGAUGCAGGUGCACAUGUUCCAGAACUCAUACUACCCUCACGGUAUCCGCCUUACCACCGCGGUGAUCGAGGGGGAUAGGAAGGUCCUGAUCGUGUUUAUGGCCCCCAGUCAGCAGGACCGAACCCGCUUUGUGAGCGACCUCAGGGAGAGCAUCGCUGAAGUGCAGGAGAUGGAGAAAUACAGGGUGGAAUCGGAGUUGGAGAAACAGAAAGGUGUGAUGCGGCCCAGCCUGCUCACAGGAGGUGUGGUUGGAGGCGUCGGUGUGAAGAGUGAUGUUGUGAACGGCACCCUGGGGAGGACGAGCUUCGAUGACUCAGUGGGUGAUGGUCUCAAACGCACUGCGCUCAGCUCAUCUCUCAGGGACCUAUCAGACGCAGGGAAACGUGGUCGCAGGAACAGUGUUGGUUCUCUGGACAGUACCAUGGAAGGUUCCAUCAUUAGCAGCCCCGUGCCUCACCAGCGCUACCAGCUGCCCGGCUGCUACGCCACAGAAGACUUCCGGCCUCAUCGCCCCAUCCUGAGCCCCGGAUCGGGGGUGGGGGGUGGGCCGGGGCAGCAACACACCACUGCUGGGACAGGAGUUGGGGGAGUCUCCAGCAGUGUAGAGAGAGCAGGAGCGGGGGUGAGCGGUCCUGGGGGGGGCAUCAGCAGCAGCAGCAACAACAACAGCAGCAGCGGCUCCUUCCUGGGAUCCCUCUUCGGCAGCAAACGCGCCAAACCACCUGGGCCCCUUAUUCCACCGGGGCCACCUUACCCCGCACCUGUACCCCCACCGACUACGGGAGGGCCCCCUCCUCACUCCCCGUCAUCGUUGUGCCAGAUGGACGGGGGCCCUUCCAAGAUCCAGGCGCUGCACGCUCAGUACUGUCACGUGGGCAGCGUGCAGCCCCCCCCACCGUACUACCAUCACCAUCGCUACCACGUUCAGACUGUGCCGCCGCCGCUGCAAGGCGUGGCCCCCCAUGCUAUGCAGAGAGGCCCGCUACAAUGUCGUCCGCCGCUCGGCGUCCACCCGCCGCUGGCCCAUCUCUCCCAGCUCUCCCAGCAUGGGCUACCGGGUCGCUACGGCAACAUGGUGGUGGGGUGUCCCCCCCCCCUUUCUCCUCUCUCCCAACACUCCCCGAACCCUCAGUUUACUCUGUAUCACUCCAUCAGAGGUGGGGGCCUGCCUGGUACCAAACUCCCCCUCACCUUGUCUCACUCCCACCCGCACCCCCACGCACACUCCCAAACCCACCCCGGACACGUGCACACGCCCCACCCGGGCUCCCACUCCACCCACCAAACCCACUUCAUCUUCGGCACGCUGCCCCACAGCCUGCCGUCCGCCUCCGUCAACGCUGUGCAUCACGCGGCGAGCGCCGGCCCGUAUCUGCCCCAGUACCCUCCUCUUUCUUCAAUCCCCCCUCCCCCACCGCACUCCCCUUUACCCCCCCCUUCGUCCCCCCUUACCCCUCUUACACCUCUCUCCCCUCUCCCCCCCCAGCACCCCGGGCAGCCUCAGCAGGGGCCGCUGGUGACAGGGGCCGGAGCGACAGGUACAGGGGGCAGCAGCUCCAAAUCCAAGCCUAUCAACCGGAUAAGCACCGUGGUGUGAGCAGGACGUGGGGCCCCCGGGGUCCGAGGUCAGAUUACAGGGUGGGGGACGAGGCGGGCAGAUCCAGGUCCAGGACCAAGUCUGCCCGGACGGAGAGCAACAGCAGCAGCAGCGCCAGCGACAAGAGGAAACGCAGCUUGCUUCGUCUCUGUUACUUUCACCUCCGCUUCCCACACAUGUAGGUGGAGACAGGGAGCACAGCCAGGGAGCGGAACAGCAUGUGCACACGUCUUAGAAACCUGCUCACACACAUAUGAAUACAUAUUUUAAAAAGUCUAUAGCCAUAUAAUUUAAGAUGAAUCUAUAACUAGAUAUUUAUCACCUCAGUUUUAAUCGUCUAGUUGAGUCUGUUGGAGACAUGUACAGUACGGGGAAAACAGAGAUCAUAUAUCCAGCUGCUUACACGGGGUGUACAUAACAACGUUCAGGCGGAGUUUGGCAUUUAAAAACAGCAGAAAGUUGCAAAAAAAAUGUCCAUUGACUUUGCAAUAAUUUACUCGGCUUCACGAUGUCUUCGUCCACUUUUGCAAGUUCCGCUUUGCUGAGAGGCGUCUUUUUUGUCUUUCUAAAGAAGACCAGGGAUGUGCUGCUUUGUCUUAAAGCCAGUGCACGGUUUCCUGACGGUCUUUUUGCUUAACGUACUUCAACAGGAGCCACCUGGCUUUAUAACGGGGUGUGGAAAAUACAAUCAAUCAUAUAUUUUGAAUGUUUCUGAAGCUUCUUGCCGUUUUAUCGAUAUUAUAAUAUACCUGCUACGAUGAAUAUUGUACGAUAAUUGUUUUGAUCGGUGAUUAAUUAUAUCAGCAGAUGUUUGUACAUGGUUAUAGAAAGUAUAUGCACAUAUAAAUUCCCUCCGUUUACCAUGACUUCUCGAGGGCGUUGCAAUAUGUGACGUGUGAUUUAUUUCCAUUGUACCACGCUUUCCAUUCGCCUUUUUAAUUAUGAGUAUUAUUAGUUGUUGAAAAUUAAUGAGGUUUGGUGUUAUUUAAAAUGUUAACACCAACAAUAUUCCUCCUUUUCUGCUUGUGAGCAAUUUGGUUGAAGAACAAAACGUGAAUCUGAAGAGGCCCUAUUAUGCUUUCUGUCGUUUUCACAUUGUAUGUGAUAGGCUAAGGGGCGGGACAUCUCUAAGCGGUUGACCAAUCACAACAGAGCCGGCCAGCUACCCAAUCAGAGCAGACUGGGCUCUGGUUUCAGACAGAGGGUGAAAAGAGACAGGCAGUAUGAGAAAAAUAAAGAGCUUUAUGAACAUUAAAGCAUGGAGACAUGUCCCAGUAGAGGAAAUAAAUACUGAUAUGAACCUGAAAAUGAGCAUAAAAGGGCCCCUUUAAAAGAUAUAUUUGAGUUAUUGUUGCAUUUUUAUUUAAAUAUUUAUGAGGAAAACAAGCUUUUGUGGAAAUUGGAAAGACUCCCUCUAUGCUAGCCUCCUCACAGUCAUCAGAUUUAGCCAUUGUGAGUUUUUCUAUGUUUUGAAGAAGCACGCUUUACAUGAGGUUUUGUGGUUUUGCACACGUGAUGUCUUAAGUCAGAAAUGGCCUUCUUCUGAUUCUCUCUCUUCUGCCACUUUUAGAAAAAUCUCUUAAUACAUUUUUUGAUGCUCUAGCAUCCCACUGAGGGCUUCUUGUUUUAGAAAAACAACAACAACAACAAGAGUCAAGAAUGUAAAAUAGCCUGCAGGUACUUAACGUGUUCCCCUUUUUUUCCCCCUUGUGUAACUGUUUUUGCUACUGCGGGUUUUAGGGGUGUAUAUGAGCACUGAUGUCGUUUACCUUCAGUGCCAUUGAUUGGGAAAACAUAAUAUUCUGAAUCAGGGGAGAAUGAAUGGUAAAGUAAAGAGUCAACUACUGAACGAGAUGGCAAAGUGUAAGAAGAUCUGAAUCACAAAGGAUUUAAGGAGGUUUGGGGAGGGUCACGGAUGUCAGAUGAAGAUUUUAUAUGUGUUGGCUAGCCUUUUCUUUUUAUUGUGUCCUUUUUCUUGCAUGAAUAUAUCUGCACUUAUUGAAUAGAUUGUACUGUAUAAAUCUGAAUGUACAUAUUAUACUAUACAGAGGCUUAUGGGAUGAACUAUUCAGGUGCGUGCAUGUGAGUGCCACUAAGUAUGUACAUACAGGAGAAGAGACGGGGAUAGGAGACGUUGGCCAUACGGAAAUUUACCUAUUUUUCUUUUCUUAUUAUUUCCAACUGAAGGUGAGAGAAUGAGUUACCUUGAUAUAAAUUAAAGCCUAAAAAAAGUUUCUAUGUCAGUGCACUUAUUGAUAUCAUUUAAAAGGAAUGAUAUCAAUUUUUCCUUUGUGUAUGUAUUAUGUGAACUGAAAGAAUAGAGAUUUGAGAUGUGAAUAUUUAUUGCUAAAUUAAAGUGUCCUUGCAGUGAA